UCCACCUCGAGCAACCUCGUUCUGUUCGUUGGCUCUGGCCCCGGGCGGCAAGAUCCAAGCCCCUAACCUCCAACAAAUCGCUCGCAAAUCGCAAGAACAAGAAUCGAUCCCCCUCCUACACAUCUACUUGACCAGCUGCAGCAUCCGCACCGAAUCGAACCGAGUCGUCGUCUUUAUAUUCCAUUUCGUUCCGUCCGAUUCAGUUCCCCUUCCCUACCCCCAGCCCCCAGUUGAUAAAACGGAUGCCUCGCCUCGCCUCGCAAACCCUAGCGUCGGCGGGAAGAGGACCUGCCUGUAGCGCGUGAGGGUCGGGUGGGUCCGGUCCGGUCCGCCACGAUGCCGUGGCUGGAGAUGUGGCUGCCUCCGGCGGCCGGCGAGGGUGCGGCGGCGGGACUGUUCCUCGACGCGGGCGACGCGGCGGCGCACGGCGCUCUCCUCGCGGCGAUGCCCGGCUGCUCGGUCUCGUUCGGCGCCCGGCGGCGGCGGCUGCGGGGGCGUGGAGCGGCGCCCCCGGGGUUCCUGUCGCUGACGAUGUCGGUGAAGGGGGGCAGGGGGUUCGCGCGGGGCCCGGUGGGGCUGCUCCCGGGUGCGGAGGAGAAGGGCGGGCCGGAGGAGGCGGAGGCGCUGGUCGAGGGUACGAGUACGGCGGCGGCGGAGGUGGUGGCGGAUGGGAAAGUAAUGGUGAUGCAGGAGAAAGAGGAGGCUCGUGCUGGAGCAGGCGCGAUGAACAUGACGAAGCAUCUCUGGGCUGGAGCCGUUGCUGCCAUGGUCUCGAGAACAGUUGUUGCUCCUCUUGAGAGGCUAAAGUUGGAGUAUAUAGUUCGUGGUGAGCAGAGGAAUCUAUUUGAGCUUAUGCACGCUAUUGCAACAACGCAAGGGUUGAAAGGCUUUUGGAAAGGGAACUUUGUCAACAUCCUCCGCACUGCUCCAUUCAAGGCAGUCAACUUCUAUGCAUAUGACACUUACAGAAAGCAACUGCUCAAAUGGUCUGGUAAUGAAGAAACUACGAACUUUGAGAGAUUUAUUGCUGGUGCUUUUGCCGGUGUUACAGCAACGAUAUUGUGCAUACCAAUGGAUACAAUUAGGACAAGGAUGGUAGCUCCUGGUGGUGAAGCUUUGGGUGGAGUUAUUGGUGUUGCCCGCCACAUGAUCCAAACUGAAGGAUUCUUCUCUCUGUACAAGGGAUUAGUACCUUCUCUUAUUAGCAUGGCACCCUCUGGCGCUGUAUUCUAUGGAGUGUAUGACAUAUUGAAGAUGGCUUAUCUGCAUUCCCCUGAAGGAAAGAAGAGGGUAUCGAUGAUGAAGCAACAAAGACAAGAGGCAAAUGCAUUAGAUCAACUUGAAUUGGGUACUGUUAAGACCUUACUCUAUGGGGCCAUUGCUGGUUGCUGUGCUGAAGCAGUCACAUACCCAUUUGAAGUAGUUCGGAGGCAGCUACAGAUGCAAGUGAAAGCAACAAGAAUGAAUGCAUUUGCAACAUGCCUUAAAAUUGUUGAUCAAGGUGGAGUACCAGCACUCUAUGCUGGCCUGAUCCCCAGCUUGUUACAGGUUCUGCCAUCGGCGUCUAUCAGCUAUUUUGUUUACGAGUUAAUGAAGAUAGUCCUGAAAGUGGAGUGAAUGCAAAUUAAUUCUUGAGCCUACGAAACAAGUUCGAAGGGCUCAGCUCACAUUCCUUGAUAAAAAAAAUGCCAAAAAGAUCAGUAGCUUAUCAUUAUGUUUAGAAUAUAUUUUUCUGGUAGGCUUGCUCAAGAAAGCUUCAGAUCUGAGGGUAGCUUGACGUUGAUCAAAGCAUUAUUCAUCAGAAGCUUUGCUAGUCCACAAGAUGUACAUGGUGAGGUCCUGUUCAACAUCCGAUUCAGUGGCUUAUUCAUGGGAGACUGUUCUCUGCCCCCAGCGAAAACAUCUGGGCCUUCUUGCCCACUUUCAAUUGACAAAUUUUCCACUUUAAUAUUUGAUGUAUUGACUUAUUGACUGCAAUCCAAAGCGGCAUUUGGGA